GGUCGACGCUAGGAGAGAUUCAGCAUGUUUCCGCCAGCUCUGGUGAUGUAAUGCGUCUUUUUUCUGUAUCUGCUGACGUUCUCCUGGGUUAUUUCUCGUUUUUUUCUGUAAGUGCUGCACACGGGAGACGCGCCUAAAAGCCCAUUUUUUCCCUCGGCUCGUCGUGUCUCCGGUGCCGCCGCCUGCCCAGCCUCCUUCGCCGCUCCGUCCUGCAUCCUUUAUGCACAGCACGCUGCUCCGGUCCUCCCCAACAAAGCACACCUUCGUGUCCGAGCACCAUGGCCCGCUCCAGUCGCUUUCACUGAGAGACAUGGAAGCCAAACAGCACCAGAUAAAGAGCCUGAAAAGCUACCCGGAGACCGGCGGUCGGAGCCUGGCAGCGGCCGCCGGAGUAGACGGAGGAGGGGGGUAUCGAGCCGGCUCAGCUGAAAUGGAGAUGGACUCGAAGAUCCAGAAAGCCAUCGAGUUCAAGGCGGAGGGCCAUCGCUGCUACAAGGAGAAGAAGUUCCGGGAAGCGAUAGGCAAGUAUCACCGGGCGCUGCUGCAGCUCAAAGGGGUUCAUGUCGUGGACGGCACUACGGGCUCCGAGGUCAACCUGCUCAGCCAAGCCGCGGCCAAGCUGACCGAGGAGCAGCGGAGAGCCGUGGAGAGCACCGAGAUCGAGUGCUACGACAGCCUGACAGCUUGUCUGUUGCAGUCUGAGCUGGUAAACUAUGAGAGAGUGAAGGAGUACUGUCUGAAGGUCCUGAGCCACCAGAGAGACCACUUCAAGGCCAUGUACCGAGCCGGCAUCGCCUUCUAUCACCUGGGUGAUUACGAAUGUGCCCUACGCUACCUGCGUGACGCCAAAAACCGCGAACCCACAGACACCAACGUGCUCCGAUACAUCCAGCUGACAGAGAUGAAGAUGAGCAAGAGUGGACAACGGGAACGAGAGAGCGGCAAGGAGACCCAGGGCUAACCUUCGACCUUUCCCCCCUCCUGAACCCUCUGACCUUUCAUCCUAAAAGUUGUACCUCCCACUCUCCACUUCCUCCUUCUCCCCUGUUGACUCCUCCUGACGGCAACACAGACAGAAGAGACGCAAUCACCUGCCUGUUACGGACAAACACAUAUCAAGCGCUGUCUGCGACCCACCCUCUUCCUUCUUCCUCUCCCUCUUCUUCUCCCUCUUUCUCCCUCAGGUGCUGUGGUUCCUCUCCCUCGACGCAGUCAGCAAGGAAACUUAAAAAAACAAAAAAGAAAAAUCAUCAAAAUACAUGGAAGAAGCUGUAAUAUAUACUCAUACAAACCCAUCAUUGUGGUGGAGUCAAAACGGAGCUUCAGCCCAUACACAUGACAGAUAGACAUCUGCGUGAUUCAGCAGAUGUUUAAAAAACAUGAAAAGCAUUUUGUUUCUGCUCUCUCGCGCUCUCUUUUUCUCUCCGUUUUAUUCUGAACUCUCGAGGAGAAUUUGGGGGAUCUCGGGAAGCUCGACCGCACCGGGAGGAGGGGCAGGGAUGCGUGUGGAAGUGUGUGAAACAGGUUUGGAGAAUAAAAAUGGGUGCGGUGAGGGGGUGUAUGUGUGUGUGAGACACAUGUCAAGACCACAUCCCAAUUUGAUUGUACAUCCUAACCCACCAGGUCUCACUCAGGCCACUUACCCAGACUAUGAGAUGGACUAAUAUAACGCGUAGAAAAAAAAAAGCCUGCCUCCGUGCUUAAUCUAUCACCUUUCUGUCUGGAUUUUUCUUUCCUAGAUCCCAUCUAUCUCAGUUUCUUGACUGUUUUUUGAAUUUAAGGGCUAAUUCAAGUGUUUAUAACCCCGUAUUAGGGUUUUUUAAUUUGCUGUCAUACUCAGUAGUGAAUAAUCGGUGGUUAAUAGCAUCUGUGUGUGCGGCAAAGAGCCUAAAUUCUCCAAGCGGUUCAUUCCGUUGCCUGAUGUGCUUUCGUGCAAACUGGUGUGUCUUGAAUCUGUUGUCCGAAGCCCCUCCUGGGUCGUGUGUCGUGUUACUGUUGUUGAGACUGUCGAAGCCCCUCCUUCGCUCCCUCGCUCUUUCUCAUCAAUUCCACCAUCCUCUGUUCUCCUGUUAAUGAUGUCACAACGGAAAAUAGCCAGUGAGAUCAGACUUCCAUCAGCUGCCGCUGGCUAGAUGGAGAUCCACGAGAAAGUUUUGCAGAGAGAGAGAGAGAGAGACACUUUUAUCCUUUUAUCACUAAUGCUGAGGCUUCCCAGACAUCCAUAAACCACCACAGAGACUCUGGGCAGCGUUAGUGCAGGGAAAAUGCACACACACACACACACACACACACACAUACACACAUCUGGCCUGAUGGUGCAGACUGCCAUCUUGGAGCACUUCACCUAGAGUGAGUCAUUUGAGAUUUCUCCUGCUUACAGUUUACUGUAUGUUGAUAGAUUAAAACACCUGUGCCGGGCAGAUAACACACAACAUUACCAGUGCAGACGAUCUGGUUUGUGGAUAUCCAUUACAAGCUGUCAAACGCUGCUUAUCUUGUGACGUGUGAAGCUGAAUCAUUGAUAUGUGGCUUUUUAUAAUAGCUUUACCACAGGCUUAAAUCUGCCUGCUCUGUUCUGCAGAAGGCUGGAUUGAUCAUUUGUGAGAGCAUGACCUAAAAUAUCCCGUGAAAACUCAGUUUCCUCCUUAUCAUGUGCAAGCCCACCUCCUGCAUGUAACAUGCGGCUCCCGAGCGUUGCUUCAGAUGUUUUGGGAUUGGGAUUAUAUCUGCUCUAUUGCUUUCUGUCAUGGCAUGCUGCCACUCAACUGUUUGCCUAUACCUCUGUUUUAUCCAUUCUGCCCUUUAUAAAUACAGAAGGUGGCGACAGACUGUGAUCACAGCAGUAGAAUAGGUAUGAAAUACUUCUUAAAAAUUAGGGUCACCUUCUGCCUCGACUAAAACGACUGAUUAGUCCACUGCUUAAGAGGCUGAGGAGGAAAUCAAGUCAAAUAACGGCGUUGGGAGAGGUCCCCCCCCCCCACUUCCCCAUUUAUUUCAUUGACCUGCUAUGAGGUAAAUUGGGACCUAAGUGUGUCAAUGGGACUCUGGAGAGACGGCACCACGCGUUGGAGAGACCGGCGUGAUACCGAGAGGCUCCAGUGGAGGGAGAAGUAGGCCAUCAUCAGCCCCACUAAAGCAGCUGCACCUCUAAAUUGGCAGCAAAAAGCAAGUUUUGAGCUGAUUUAUCAUCAUACACUGCACUUAGAAAAAGUGUGUGGACACCUGAGCAUUAAUCUGCAGCCUGAGUUUGCUCCCAUUCAGCCACAAGAUCAUUAAUGAUGUUGGGCGACGACAAGGCCUGGCUCACAGCCGGCGAGGCGUUGGAUGAAAGCGAGGUCUCGGUCUGCGUUGUUGUGCAAGCUGUAGAAUAAGAAAUGUAGCAGCAGCGUGCACCAGAUCAUGAAAAAGCAAAUCAGACGUGCACAAUAUAAACCUCUCUGAGGAACGGAGGCAAAAGUGAUCACAUAAGCAUAAACAUGGCUGUGGCUCAGGACGUACAACAGGUCAUCUGCUAAUUGAAAAAUUAGUGGUUCAGUCCCUGCUUACUCCAGUCGGCACAGCAAAUCCCAAGUUGCUCUCUAGUCCGCACAUCAGCGUGUGAAUGUCAGAUAGAAAGCACAUAGACACAAAGGUGAGCGGAUGAAUCCAAGUAUUGAUACCAGUGCUGUUAUCAGUAUAGGAUCGAUACUUUGUUUUUCCUUUUCAGUAAAUAGCCUAACAAAUUGUUAAAAUAAUUAUUUUUUGGACAUUAAAACACACCUUAAACAUGCACUAUAAAAAAUGUCUGAACCUUUUCAUGCUGACUAU